AUGGAAAAAUGGAAAAAAGUGUGGGCGGAUUGGAAAGCCAAAACAAAAAAAAAGGCCUUGGCAAUGCGUCGCGAGGCUAGUGGUACUGGUGGUGGUCCAAGCAGCAGACAAACUCUCACAGCUUCGGAACAAAGGGUGUUGGGCAUAAUGGGUUUGUCUGCUGUUUUUGGUCUAGUUGGAAUUGAGGAGAGAGGAUUUGAUGAACCACCACUUCAAGGAAGCCCUCUACCAUCACCAUCCAGAGAUACCGUCCACACUGAAUUUCCCUCCCAAACUGCCGCAGACGAGAUUAUGUUGUAUUCUAUAGAAGGCACUUUCUACUUGUAU